AUGUAUGGGUUAUUGACCAAUGUCAAGCUUGGUGGAAUCUACAUAAAGUCCCUUCUUCCCAAUGGUCCAGCUGAUAUGGACGGCAGGAUACAAAUUGGUGACCGUAUCCUGCAGGUGAAUGGUAUCAGUCUUGUGGGCGUCACACACAAACAGGCAGUAGAGACUAUAAAAAUGGCUCCUUAUAGGACAAGACUUAUCCUGGAUCGAUCAGUUGCUGUUAAUGUUCCUAAGUCAUCUGGGAAGAAAACUAGGUCCCAUCCCCCUGACAAGCCAUUUGUGGUAGAGCUUUCAAAGGGUGUAGGAGGCCUUGGCCUUAGUUUGGUUGGUGGCAAGGGAGCUGGGGAGGAGCAUGGAGGUUUCCUAAGAAUCAAGAAGAUGUUUCCAGGGCAACCAGCAGCAGCUUGCGGUAAACUUCAGAUUGGUGAUAUUGUUCUAGAAGUUAAUGGAAAGGACAUGCAAGGUGUAACUCACCAAGAAGCCAUCAAUCAAAUUCGCAUGGGUCCUCAAGAAGUAAGGCUUCUUGUCAAACGAGACCCAUCCUCUAUUCCUCCCUCCCUGUUACAAAGAUCAGGCUCUAAUGCCAGCGAUGUGGACCCCGCACAAAUUCUGGCAGACAUCCAGAACAAGCUUAAAACUGAUCACUCACCAUCAUUGAGCAAGAGGUCUUCUGAUUCAUCAACUAGGGAAAAGCCUUUGCUUAGAGAAGAAGUUGUUAGGGUGCAAGAAGCAUCUGCCACUGAAGCUCCUGUUAGUUUGAGGUCUAGUUUGAUGACCAAUGAACCAGUAAAAUAUCCUCAUUUAUCAGAGUCCAGUCACCCUAACCUCACCAACAGACUCUCUGAACCAGUCAUGCAGGUUAAGAAAGAACACUACUCUCUGACUCCAACAAAUUCUCUUCCUAAUGUUGUAUCAGUCAGACCCUCUGAAAGUCCAAAAAUCAACCGACAAGCCGCUAUUCAACAAAGUGAAGAUGAAGAUGCUGAUGUAUCAUCUGUUGGUGAUGCUCCAUUAGCUGAAGAUGAAUCUAGUGAUGUUGAAGACUCAAGGAGGUCUUCCUCUGUUGACAUCAUUCCUCGUGAUCGUUCUAUUUAUGAUGAGGAAAGCGUGAAGGAGCUUAUGGGAAAGUUGUCCUCCAUUGAAUCCACAGAGGAGGAACCAGUUGAACCAGAAGUCACAGAAUCAACACAAAUGUCUGUUGUAAGCAGUGAGCCACCUUUGCAGAGUGAAGCCUUUCCUUCUCCUUCCUCAUCAGAGUCAGAGUCUGAGGAAAGCGAUGUGGAGGAAGCACUGAUGAUUGACAAAAGGGAGGAAGUGUCUGCUUCCACAUCAGGGGUUGAGGAUGACAAAGAACCAGCCAGCAUGACUCCUCAGGAAGAGAUAUUACACAUAGAGUUGGUGAAAGGUUCAGGUGGUCUUGGCUUCACUCUGUCAGGAGGGGCAAACACUGUAGGUGGUUGCUUUGUUCGUGACAUUGUUGGUGGUCCAGCUAAGGAGGAUGGCCGUCUUCAACAGGGAGAUCAGAUACUCAUGGUGGAUGGUCACGACAUUUCAGCAAUGAAGCACAUGGAGGCAGUUAAUGUGCUAAGAGCCACCAAGCAACAUGUCAAGCUUGUAGUGCUUAGAAGACCUACAGGGCUUGUUGGCUCAACUCAGUCAGGUGUUGUGGAGGUUUUAAACCUGACAAGAACAACACAAGGGAGAAUUGGCCUGCUGAUAAGAGAAGGUGAAGAUCAGAAGAUCUUUGUGGAGGAUGUUGUACCAGGAGAGCCUGCAGCCACUCAGGGAGAUCUUCGACAAGGAGACAGGAUAUUGGAGAUCAAUGGUACCAAAGUCGACGGCCUUGGCUUUGUGGCAGCUAGACAGCAUCUUGAUGCUGCAAGACCAGUCGCUCGUCUGUUGGUGGAAAGAAGGCCACGACUGGCUGAAUCCAAAUAUGCCAUGGCUCAACAGACAAAUUCUGAAGUGCUGAGCCCCUCGCAGUCUCUUGAUAUCCCAGAUAAGGACAUGACAGGCUCCAGUGAUGAUGAUGGCUAUGAAAAUGAUGAUAAGAGUGAAAAGAGAGAGCCCGAUGAUGAAGAUGAAGAAUCUCAGGGUGAACAGUUUAACAUGAAGCUUGACAAAGGCCCACGUGGAUUCGGCUUCAGUUUGGUAGCUGCACCAACCUUCAGUUCAGAUGCACAAGGAAUUUUUAUCAAGACAAUAAGCCCUGGUAGUGUGGCAGAGAGUGAUGGCAGGUUAAGGGUUGGAGACCAGAUCUUGAAGGUUAAUGGAGAAAAUGUUCAAGGACUUAGUCAUGCAAGGGUUAUUGGCAUGUUGAGAAAAAUCACGGGGACAGUGGAACUAGAGAUAAAAAGACCGACUAAACUCUAUAUGGCUGAUUCUGCCAUCACAUCUCCACAAUCACCUGCAGAACCAUCAGGGGCCACAAGAGGCCCUCUUGAGAGAGCACCUCACUCUAUAGACCUUGACAUCACCCUAGAGGACAAGGAUAAGACACUUAGUGGAUCCAGUGACAUACAGGAUGAAGAUGAUGUCACAGAACUUUUGAAUGCUAUCUCAGCAGCAAAUGGCAGAUCAUCGCCUCCUGCAAAUCAUGUCCAACACAAACCACCAAAAUUACAAAAGAGAGACACUGACUCUGUGUUAUCAUCUUUACUUGCAUCACUGGAACCUCCUCCUUCACCGCCUGAAUCUCUGCACUCUGUAGAUCCACAGGAAUUUGACUCACAGUGGGAAAGUGGCUACAGUGACAAUGAUGCUACUCCUGAUCUUGUGCCUAACAAAUCCAGACAUUUCUUUCAGAGUGGAUCUAGUUCAUCAGCAAAUCAAAGCAGUUCAUUUGACGAUAGGAAAGACUUACAGGAAGCUGCUAAUGCUGCACAGCCAGUUAAUCAAGUGCAAAUCAAUGAACUUAGUUCUAUAUCAGACAAUGAUAAUGCCCAAGACAAUAGUAACAAUACAGAUGAUAGCAGUGACAAUGACGAUGAUGACGUUGAUAUUGAUGAUGAAGAUGUAUUUGACAUGCUAAGAGACAACAGCCAGAUUGUGAUCGGCAUGCUGAACAAUACCAACACUGAAUCAGAGGAAACAAACGUUGUAGGAGACAAGAAUAGUACAAGAGGCAAUGACAGUCUUGUACCCGGGAAUUCUCUUGAUGCGACAGGGCUCUCUGAUGUUCCACCACCGAUCCCUACCACACCACUUCCCUCAGAUGAUGAAGAACCACCUGUCAAGCCACCACCUAGAGUGGAAUCUCUACCAAAGCAUUCAGCAAAUAUGGAUUUGAAUUCUAAACCAGUCAUGAACGGCACCAUUAGUGGACAUGGCAGUGGCAGUGACGAGCCUCCGGAACCAACGGAACCAUUGAUUGAUGUGGUUGAAGGUGGCAUGUACACAGGGCAAAGUCUCGACAACCUCAUCAGAAGUUUCAGGGAAAAACUAGACUCAAAUGUCCCUGCUGAAGAGUUUAAGGUGGGUGCUAGUACAAGUACUCUAACACUGGCUGAGAUUGUUUGAGUUUGUCGAGGAAGAUAUUACUGAAGAUACAUGUAGUAAGCUUAUAUUUUGUCUCUACAGUCGGGUGAACAAGCCUUGCAUUUUUUUUCCCUUUCCCUCAUACACUUGUUUGAAUGUGAAACUGAGGCACUUAAUAAAUUUUAAUUAUUUCACACAGUUUCAGGGUCUUUAUUUUUCCACAAAACUUAAAAUAAGAGUGACAGUUUUACCAUGCAGGUACUUCCUCCAACUCAGUAAAAAUGAUUGUCUUGCUGCACUGUACUGUGACCACUUUCUCUCAUCAAAUACUCCUUCCACUGGAUUGUUUCUGGAUUUAUUUUGUGGCUUAUCCAACUGCCCAUUAACAGGACCAUAAUAUUUUGACCCUUUGAUGGCUCUAUGACGGAUGGUUCAUUAUUCAGUAAAGUGGUAUGAUUGUGUUUGUUCUGGUCUGAGAUGUUGUCACAAAACAGAUGGAAGGAGGUGAAGUGAUGUUGCUAGGUUCUUUUUUUUUUUUAAUUUAACAGCACUGGAUUGAGGAUGCAAAGAAAGUUAAUGGUUUAUAACUUAAGCUAGUGUUAGUUUACAUUGACUAGCUUGGGUAGACUACGAGUAGUCCCUCUUUCGCUUAGUCCGUUGUGCGUGACGCAAAAGAAAACCGCGAGAAAAAAAUGGCCACGCAAAAUCCUGGAGGCGAGAAGCACACGAAAGGAGGGACUAUCGCCUAAGCCCAAGAGUUUGAAUUAUGCGUUGCUCUCACAACGCA